AUGGCCGACCGGCCCGCGGGCCCGGCGGCCGGGGACUGGGAGAUCGACGUGGAGAGCCUGGAGCUGGAGGAGGACGGCCGCGGGCCGCCGCCGCCUACGCCGCCCGGGCCCAGCCCGCCGUCGGCCGACGGGGACGGCGAGGACGACGAGGACGAGGACGAGGACGACGACGCGGAAGAUGAGGGCGACGGCCUGGAGGCGGGCGCUUCCCCGGGGGUGCAGGGCCGGCCGGAGCAGCAGCGGGGAGCGCCGCGGGGGCCGACCCCCGCGCCGCAGGCCUCGCCGGCGCCGGCCGGACCCCCGGAGCGCGGCGCGAACGCGGGCGGCGGCGCGGAGCCGCGCAAGCUCAGCCGCACGCCCAAGUGCGCGCGCUGCCGCAACCACGGCGUGGUGUCCUGCCUCAAGGGCCACAAGCGCUUCUGCCGCUGGCGCGACUGCCAGUGCGCCAACUGCCUGCUGGUGGUGGAGCGCCAGCGCGUCAUGGCCGCCCAGGUGGCGCUCCGGAGGCAGCAGGCCACCGAGGACAAGAAGGGGCUUUCCGGGAAACAGAAUAAUUUCGAGCGCAAAGCCGUGUAUCAGAGGCAAGUCAGGGCACCCAGUUUGCUGGCCAAAAGCAUUUUAGAAGGCUACCGCCCAAUUCCAGCAGAGACUUAUGUGGGAGGGAGCUUACCCCUACCUCCCCCGGUAAGUGACCGGAUGAGGAAAAGGCGAGCCUUUGCUGAUAAAGAGUUGGAGAACAUUAUGCUGGAGAGAGAAUAUAAAGAGAGGGAGAUGCUGGAAGCUUCCCAAGCUGCUGCCUUGUUCCUGCCCAACCGUAUGGUGCACGGACCUGAAUAUAACUCCUACAAAAGUGCCUAUAGCCCCUCCCCAGUGGAGCCUCCAAACAAAGACUUCUGCAAUUUUUUGCCCACCUGCCUUGAUCUAACCAUGCAGUAUUCAGGCUCUGGGAAUAUGGAACUCAUCUCUUCCAACGUCAGCGUGGCUACGACUUACAGACAGUAUCCCUUGUCCUCAAGAUUUUUAGUUUGGCCCAAGUGUGGCCCCAUUAGUGACACUCUUCUGUAUCAGCAAUGCCUGCUAAACACCACCACCUCGGUUCAAGCCCUGAAACCCGGGGCCAGCUGGGACUUGAAGGGAGUGCGAGUCCAGGAUGGCCUUGUCGCAGAGCACGACAUGGUACCACCCAAACUAGAAGGCUCGCUGGUGUCGCCUCAUGCUGCAGAGGUCCAGACCUCCAGAAGUGACCUUCACGGUCACCAGGCUGUCCCUGAGAGGUCUGCGUUCUCCCCACCCCAACGGAAUUUCUCUCCCAUUGUUGACACGGACUCCCUGGCGGCUCAAGGGCACGUCUUAACCAAGAUCAGCAAAGAAAGCACCAGGCACCCUGUGCCACUUAAACAUAAUCCAUUCCAUUCAUUAUUCCAGCAAACUCUUAAUGACACAUCAGGCCCUGAGCUGAAAACGCCAUUUGUCAAAGGGGCCUUUGAAGACGCCCCUAAGAAGCCCAGAGAGUGUUUAGUCAAGGAGAACCAGAAGUACACGUUUACAAUAGAUAGAUACGCGAAAGACCUUUUCGUCGCCAAGCAAGUUGGAACAAAACUCUCUGUGAAUGAACCCCUGUCAUUUUCUGUCGAGUCUAUUCUGAAGAGGCCUUCAUCUGCCAUCACUCACGUCUCUCAGUGAAAGGCUGCUUACACAGAAAGCUGGAUUUUCUGCCAUCUUGGAGGGUUCCUACCAGUGGCUAAUUUUUUUUUUCUUUUUUAAGAAGAAGGGUUCACAUGUUUGUAUAAAGAAAUUUCUAAUGUAAAUGGGGAUGAUUUAAAAAAAUUAUAUAUAUUCAUAUGCAUGUACUUUUUCUCACCACAUAAAUAUAUUUAAACUUAAAGAUGGAAAUUGCUUAUGUGCAAACUGUAAAGUUCCAUGCUUUACACAGCAUUUCAAAAAGCAAUAAAGUUGACACUGUCUUCUGAAAA